AUGACCCUCUGCACUGUGGCCCCCACUUCUCCUGAGCAGGACAGUCCAGUGGAUCUUCCCUCGUCCCUGGACUCCAUCUCUUCUCUUGACCUUGUGAGUCUGGUGCAGGACCGUAACACACCUGAGGUUAUCCAAGAAUCUCCAGCUCCAGAAACUCCAAACCUCCAGGACUUCAACAGUCCUUCAGAAACUGUCAGUUCACUAGAAAAAACCAACCCACCAGAGACCCAGGACGUCAGCUCUGAUGCUGUUCACUUCCUGGUUUCAACGAUGAUCCGAAAGCUCUUGGACAAAUCCCCCGUGUCCCUGGACAUUAGGGAACAAGGAAAAGUUAUUUCGCGACUGCGUGAGGUGGAGCGAAGAGUCUCCAUGCCCCAGGAAACAGACCUGAAGACCAAAGAUCUCAAAGCCGUAGCUAAAGAAGUGGCAAGAAGUCUCCAGGAAUAG